UGCAAACGUGGCUUAGACUCUCUCAGCAGAAGAAAGACAGCAAGAAAAGGAAAAGCCAAGAAAGGGAGAGAAAAUGAAAGAAAAUGGAACUAACGAUUUCACUACCCAACUGACUUGAGUGAAGUGGAAAAACCUAAAUUCUCUUACAUUCCAUGCGAUUUUUCCAAAAUUGUCUCUCACUUUCUAUCUGAAAACGAUUAAAAGUUCAACACAUCUGGGCUGUAAUAUUGGUACAUUUUCAGAAACUUUUAUUUUAGAACACUAAAGGAGGGACUACAGUUGAAGACGGUUUGAAGCAACUCUAUGUUCUACUAUUAAGUAUGCUUCUACACUAAACAUAUUGAGUUUGAGCAGCAACCUAAAAGUUAUAUGCAGUUCUAGAUGCAUUCGUCAGAUACUUUUAAAUUCUGUUACUGUGACAAGUGAUGCAUCCCAUGUUAAUUUAUGGGUGCCUUUGCCAGUCCAUUCUGUUGGGAUCUCUUUUUGUGUCUGUGCUUGCUCUCACUUCAGUGCAGUCUAGAGGUAGAAGCUCUGUGUCCGGAAACUGGUUACAUGGUUACUUGGGAUCUGGUUCCAAAAUCCAUAACUCUAUUUAUAUUAAAAGAUCAACUGAUUUAUCCACAUCAAAUGAUUCAUUAUCUUGUGAGGACCUGGAGGGUGUUGGAUCAUUCAACACGACCUGCUUGCUGAAUUCAAACUUGUAUUUGAAUUCUGAUCUUUAUAUAUAUGGUACGGGAAACCUAGAGAUACUCCCUCAUGUUUCCAUUACAUGUCCUGCUGAGGGCUGUUCAAUAAGUUUCAAUGUAUCUGGCAAUAUAAAAAUCGGCAAAUAUGCUGCCAUUAUUGCUGGGUCAGUAGUUUUUUCUGCAGCCAAUCUGACUAUGGAACAAUAUUCUUCUGUAAAUACAUCAUCUUUGGGUGGACCACCGCCUCCUCAGACUAGUGGUACUCCAGUUGGCUAUGAUGGAGCUGGUGGAGGGCAUGGUGGCCGAGGUGCUUCCUGCUUGAAAAGCAAUCAGACCAAAUUCUGGGGUGGUGAUGUUUAUGCCUGGUCUACUUUGUCUGAGCCAUGGAGUUAUGGGAGUAAGGGUGGUGGCAACUCUGCUGAGAAUCGGUUUGGGGGGGAUGGUGGAGGGCGUGUCAUGCUUAAGGUGAGGGACAUACUAUAUCUAAAUGGAUCUGUAACUGCAGAAGGAGGGAAUGGAGGACCUGGAAGGGGAGGAGGAUCUGGUGGAAGUAUCAUGGUACAUGCUCUAAAGCUGAAGGGAUAUGGCACUAUAAGUGCAGCAGGUGGUAGUGGAUGGGGUGGAGGUGGAGGUGGAAGAAUAUCACUGGAUUGUUAUAGCAUACAAGAAGAUGUCAAAAUCACUGUGCAUGGUGGUUUGAGUAUUGGAUGUCCUGGUAAUGCUGGAGCAGCAGGUACAUACUUUGAUGCAACUCUACUGAGUUUAAGAGUUGGCAAUGACAAUAUCACAACAGAAACUGAAACUCCUUUGCUGGAUUUUCCUACCACCCCACUAUGGUCAAAUGUUUUUGUGGAGAACAAUGCAAAAGUUUUGGUUCCUUUACUAUGGACCCGAGUUCAGGUGAGAGGUCAAAUUAAACUACUCUGUGGGGGCAGCAUCAUCUUUGGACUGUCAGAGUAUCCAAUCUCAGAAUUUGAGCUUGUUGCAGAAGAACUUUUGAUGAGUGAUUCUGUCAUUAAGGUUUUUGGUGCAUUUAGAGUGGCUGUGAAGAUGUUACUCAUGUGGAACUCUAAAAUCAAAAUUGAUGGUGGUGGAAAUACUGUUGUUACCACUUCUGUCCUUGAAGUUAGGAAUCUUAUUGUUCUAACGGAAAAUUCUGUAAUUAGUUCAAAUACGAACUUGGCUGUAUAUGGUCAGGGACUUCUGAAGUUGACUGGUCAUGGUGAUGCAAUCAAAGCUCAGCGACUUUCCUUGUCACUGUUUUAUAAUAUAACCGUUGGGCCUGGUUCCUUACUUCAGGCUCCAUUGGAUGAUGAUACAAGCAUGGUAACAAAAUCCCGUUGUGAGAGUCAGACAUGCCCAAUGGAUUUGAUUACCCCACCAGAUGAUUGCCAUGUUAAUAAUACACUAUCCUUUUCACUUCAAAUUUGUCGUGUUGAGGACCUUCUUGUUAAUGGCCUCAUCGAGGGAAGCAUCAUUCACAUCCACAGGGCAAGAACUAUCAUCAUUGAUACCGAUGGCAUGAUUUCUGCAUCAGAAUUAGGUUGCAGAACAGGCAUCGGUAAGGGUAACUAUUCAAAUGGAGCUGGUGGUGGUGCUGGCCAUGGCGGAAGAGGCGGCUCAGGACUUUUUCAUGGGAGGGUGAGUGAAGGUGGUGACAAAUAUGGUAGUGCUGAGCUUCCCUGUGAAUUGGGAAGUGGAACUGAGGGUCCCAACGAAUCUUAUGGACAUGUGGCUGGAGGGGGAAUGAUAGUGAUGGGAUCCAUUCAGUGGCCUCUUCUAACGCUUGAUAUUUAUGGAGCUUUGAGAGCCAAUGGUCAGAGCUAUGUUGGGGCAACAAGAAACAUUAAUGGGACUUUGAUUGGUGGACUUGGUGGUGGUUCUGGUGGGACAAUUCUCCUUUUCCUUCAAACACUUGUGCUGGCAGAAAACUCAUCUUUAUCUGCUGUUGGAGGCAAUGGUGGUCUUUUUGGUGGUGGAGGGGGUGGGGGUGGAAGAGUUCAUUUUCACUGGUCUAAGAUAGAUGUGGGUGAUGAAUAUGUUGCAGUUGCAAUGAUAAGUGGUGCCAUUGAUAGUAGUGGAGGUGCUGGAAACAAUGGUGGUUUUCAUGGAGAAGAGGGCACAGUUACAGGAAAGAAAUGCCCUAAGGGCCUUUAUGGUACAUUCUGCAAUGAAUGCCCUGUUGGCACUUACAAAGAUGUUGAUGGCUCUGAUGUACAUCUUUGCACUCCUUGCUCUCUUGACCUUCUUCCCAACCGGGCAGAUUUUAUAUAUGUGCGAGGAGGAGUUACUCAGCAAUCCUGUCCCUAUAAAUGUAUAUCUGACAAGUAUAGAAUGCCAAAUUGCUAUACACCUCUUGAGGAGCUGAUGUAUACAUUUGGAGGGCCUUGGCCUUUCUCGCUUUUGUUGUCGUGCAUUUUGGUUCUUCUAGCUAUAUUAUUAAGUACCUUGAGAAUCAAAUUGGUGGGAUCAGGUUGUUCUUAUCAUAGUACAAAUUCAAUUGAAACACAAAGUCCUAACCAUUUUCCAUACCUUCUUUCGUUGUCAGAGGUGCGGGGGACCAGAGCUGAAGAAACUCAGAGCCAUGUUUACAGGAUGUACUUUAUGGGUCCCAAUACUUUCAGAGAACCCUGGCAUCUUCCUUACUCUCCUCCCAAUGCAAUCAUAGAGAUUGUGUAUGAAGAUGCUUUUAACAGAUUCAUUGAUGAGAUUAAUUCAGUUGCUGCAUAUGAUUGGUGGGAAGGGUCAGUACACAGCAUACUUUCAGUGCUUGCAUAUCCUUGUGCAUGGUCAUGGAAACAGUGGCGUAGGAGGAAUAAGAUUCAUCGCCUUCAGGAAUUUGUCAAAUCUGAAUAUGAUCAUUCAUGUCUCCGCUCAUGUAGGUCAAGGGCUCUAUACAAAGGCAUGAAGGUUGGAGCAACGCCUGAUUUGAUGGUUGCAUACAUUGAUUUCUUCCUUGGUGGUGAUGAAAAGCGCAUAGACAUAGUGUCUAUUAUACAGAAGAGAUUCCCCAUGUGCAUCAUUUUCGGUGGUGAUGGAAGCUAUAUGUCCCCUUAUAAUCUUUACAGUGACACAUUAUUGACAAAUCUUCUCGGCCAGCAUGUCCCUGCUACUGUCUGGAAUCGUUUGGUGGCUGGUUUGAAUGCUCAGUUAAGGACAGUGAGACAUGGAUCCAUCCGUUCUGCAUUAAUUCCUAUUAUUCGUUGGAUCUGUAGUCAUGGAAACCCCCAACUCGAGUUCCAUGGGGUUAAAAUUGAGCUUGGAUGGUUCCAGGCCACUGCUUCUGGUUAUUAUCAACUGGGUAUUUUGGUAGUUGUUGGCGAUUACUCGCUCCAUAACAUGAAUCAGUCUGAUCUAUUGGACAGAAGUAGUGAUGAAUGUCCGAGAAAAGAUACAGCAGUUGCAAGAAAAAGCCUUAAACAGCUGCAGAAGAGUCAGCCACAUACAAGUCAUGCAUUAUCUCGAAAAAGGAUUACUGGUGGAAUCAAUGGAGGUCUAAUAAAUGAUGCUACUUUGAAAUCUUUGGAUUUUAGAAGGGACUUUCUCUUUCCAUUUUCUCUCUUAUUGCACAAUACAGGACCUGUUGGACGUCAGGAGUCCCUGCAGCUGCUGAUAUCUAUAGUUCUUCUGGCAGAUCUUUCAGUCACCCUCCUUACAUUGCUCCAGUUCUAUUGGAUUUCUCUUGGGGCUUUUCUUGCUGUCUUGCUUAUUCUUCCUCUAUCCUUGCUCUCUCCCUUCCCUGCAGGCUUGAAUGCCUUAUUCAGUCAAGGACCUAGAAGAUCUUCGCUAGCUCGCAUAUAUGCAUUGUGGAAUGCUACAUCUUUAUCAAACAUUGCUGUGGCUUUCAUCUGCGGCAUUUGUCACUAUGGACUUUCCUUUUUUCAACCAUCUGCAAAAGCAAAUACAUGGCAUUCAAGGAGGGAAGACGAUAAAUGGUGGCUUUUGUCAACCAUCCUUCUGCUCUUCAAGUCAAUACAAGCUCGUUUUGUUGAUUGGCACAUAGCAAAUCUAGAAAUCCAAGAUUUUUCUUUGUUCAGUCCUGAUCCAGACACUUUCUGGGCCCAUGAGUCUAGUUUAUGACAUAAAAGAAUCAACUAUUUGAGAAGGGAACUGUACACAUUUUAGAGUCCUCUUGGUGUCAACAGGAUCAAGAGAUACGAAUCUCUACUGCUCCCGGCAUAGCCUUGGACUCUUGGCAUUGUAAAUAUGUUUAAAGCUGUAUAAAAUCAUUGAUAUAGGUGUGCAGUUUUAUUCCUUUCAUAACCAUAGUGGCAUGAGAAUGUAGAGAAUAGGUUACAGGAGUAGGUUUCUCAAUUUUUCUAACUCAAUUCUAGUCCAGAUGGAGAGGUUUUGUUUGUUUGUUUGUUUGUUUGUUUAUUUUUGUAAGAUACAAAAACUUCAAUGCUUUAGUCUUUGGUUCCUUUUUCUCAUGA